CGCGGCAGCCAGGCCCGCCCAGCCCCGGCGGCAGCGGGGCCGGGCCGGGACGAGACGGAGGGAGCGGGGGUGGGAGCGGGGCCAUGGCGGCCAACGAGGACCAGGAGAUGGAGCUGGAAGCGCUGCGCUCCAUCUACGAGGGAGAUCUGUGCUUCAGGGAGCUAAGCCCGGUGUCCUUCCAGUACAGGAUAGGUGAAAGUGGAGAUCCCAAAGCCUUUCUAAUAGAAGUUUCUUGGCCAGAAACAUAUCCACAGACAGCACCUGUCAUAUCGAUGGAUGCUUUCUUCAACAACACAAUAUCUUCAGCUAUUAAACAAAGUAUAUUGGAUAAGUUAAUGGUAGAAGUGGAAGCAAAUCUUGGAACUGCAAUGACAUACACGCUUUUUGAAUAUGCCAAAGACAAUAAGGAGGUGUUCAUGGAAAAUCAACCUGUUAACACUGUGACUUCAGUAAGCAAUAACAUUUCAAUUGGAACUCCUGAUGUGCCACCAAGUAAGAAAAAAGAGAAAAAGGAGCAGUUAUCCAAAACCCAGAAACGAAAACUAGCUGAUAAAACAGAUAACAAAGGGGAGCUUCCACGAGGAUGGAACUGGGUUGAUGUAAUUAAGCAUGUAAGUAUUUUCAAGUUCUCUUUUUUUACUGCUAGAAAGAUUUAUAAGAAAGAGUAAGAACUGCUGCUUAUUUUGGACUCUAAUUUACAAAUUUUUCAAAAGCUUUAAAAUGCUAGUACUUCUAGCAUUAGUCUGAAGGACUUCACUCUUUGAACUUCAUUGGUUUCUUUCUUUAUUUACUGAAUAGUAAUAAAGAGUAAGUUUAAAAAGUUACAAAGUAAUAAAUUUAUUAAAAUUAAUAGAUUUUAAUUUUAUGAUGAGAGGGCUUUGCUAACGAAAUGCACUGCAAAUAUUCUGUUUUCAUCUGACAAGAAGACUUAAAAUGAAGUUAGUAGUGCUGCCAGGUUCUGGAGAGCAGUGGAUAAGUAAGAAAUAAAAGGGAGCUGUCCCAAGUGGGAGCACCUUGCUGUCUCCUACAAGCCUCAUUCUCUGCUGCAACUCCUCCAGUGAAUAAUUCUUUUCUACUUGUGCCCUCAGUAUUGAUUUCUUCCACCCUCUUGUCUUUGCUGAUUCAGUGAAAAUCACUGCUUGACAAUUUUGAAAGCAAACUAUUUUAUUUUACACAAUUGAAGUAAUUUUCACUGUAAGACCUAACACCAGUUCCAGUUGUUAAAUAAGAGCAAGUAGAUGAUGAAGGUUGUUUUGGGCAGAGUCCUUCUGAGUUAAAAGUGGCUAUUUAUAGUGGAUGUCUUGGUUUCAGAUAGAUUUCAUGAUAGGCAUGAAAUCUGCUUUUAAUAAUUAUAAGCCUAACUUUAAAAGGUGAGAAAUACUAAGUUAAUGUUAGUGUCUAUUUUUAUAUUGUCUAAAUUUCUACAUGGGAAUUCUCUCAAAGAUGUGUGAAGAUAAAGUUCCAUUACUUCAUUUUUUUUUUUUUUUCUUUUUGGAGAGCUGGUGAUAGAGCCUUCAAAUUAAAUAGAAACAGUGCCCUGAGGUUUCUCUGGGGUUGGUUGUUGUUUGGGUUUUUUUUUUUAAAUUCAGCUUUCAUGAUCAGGAAAUAAGCUCAUUUAGUGUUUAAGAAUUAAUUUUUGAUGCUUUUCAGUUUCUUGGUAGCACAAUCAGUCUGUAUUGUUAAUUAAGUAUACACAUGUUCAGUGUGAGAUGGAAAUAAUGUUGUUUCCUAAUAAAUGGAAUGGCAGUCUAAAGUUUGAAUACUUUCUUUUUGUGUCUCUUUUAUAGUUAAGCAAAACUGGUUCUAAAGAUGAUGAAUAAAGGACUUUGGUACAAGGCAACUCCACCUUUUAAUACAGUGCAAUUCUGGGUCACCAUCUCUCUCUUAAUAACUUUCAUAUUUGUUGAAGUAAACAUUUUAUAAAGCUUGAUUUCCUAACUUGUAAACCUAGUCACACAAGUUUAUCUAGAGACCAUGUGGUCAUCUUCAGAAAAAUCAACCAACAAACUUGCCUUAAAUGAAGGUUAGAAUGUGACAAAGGCUAUAGAGAGCCAGUGUGGUGAAGUGAAUAGUGCUGAAGUGUUUAUUAAUUUAUAUUUAGUCUGUAGUAAAAUCCUGUUAUAGUGAUCCCAACGAUACUGUAAACAUUUCCUGAUGUUCUUAUUCCAAUUGAAGAAAAAAGCACUAUAACAGUGAUUGGUCACUUGACAGCUUAAUUCAUCAAAAUAAAUUAUUCCAUGGAAAUAAGACCUUUGUCAUUUGUUUAUCUAGUAUGAACUAGAAGGAGAACAUACAAACUGUUGCACUGCAAAACAGACUAGAGCUUGUGGUCUUGUUUUCACUAGUUACUGGCUGAAAUAGUAAAUACUAGUGAAAGCAAGACCAAAUAUUCUGGUCUGCUCAAAAAUGAGUGGUUAUAGCAGGAGUGCAGCUUCUUUAUUCUCCACGAUAUCCCAUCUGUUGGUCUUUCUCCAGGGUGCAUCUUUACAGACAGUGGGAUGUCUGAGGAGGGGCAAAAGUGCUUUCUUGCACGUGUCUCAAUGAGCGUUGGGAUUUUGUAGCUGCUUCACUGGAGAAAUAGGCAUUUUUUGGAGGAAUUUGCUAACUAAGUGGUGGGACAGUAGAGGUCAGUAACCCAUCAAAUGUAUUGGGAGAACUUCUCUGCGAGAGCUCUUCUUUUUUCCUCGUCUGCUCUCUUGUAUAAGAAGGAGAAGUCAUCUUUACUGUAUGAACUGUUAUUGAAUACAAGAUGCCUUAAUGUCCUUUAUUAUUUUUGUUUGUUUUGAGAUGAACUUUAAUAAAUGCCUAUUUAUCUG